AUGGCAGUAACGCGGCUUGAGGAGAGCGUGCGAUCUCUUCGUCAGUGUCUUCCUGACAGCGAAGAUGGCAGCAUAGAAGAUGCUGACAGCCUUGUUGCAGAUAUCUGCCAGAUCGGUUUACAUGAAAUUGAUGAAAAAGAUAUUGACCUUUGUUGUUCAGUGCUGUUUGACAAAUCAGAUGGAAUUAUCACCUAUCUGCAGAAAAUAGUUACUAUUGAUCAGCUGCAAUCAUGCAAAGCCAAUUUGCUGAUAUUCCUGUCUGAGUUCAUUCAGAAGGUUGGGAAGAAAGUACUUCCUUACGCAGUGGACAUCAAGGAUGUGUGUGUAUCUCUGUUCAGCAGAGACAGAUUUGCAAAGGUCAAAGUGAACACCUUCCCUGUUCUUACCAAGUUAAUCGAAAUUACUGUUGGAUCCCAAAUGGGUGAAGAGCUGAAAAUUCAGAAAUUGAUAGAGAAGUUUUUCUUUGAAUUGAGUAAAAGUGCUUCUAAGCUGACUUCAACAGUGAAGCAGGGUAUCUACAUCUUACUGGGUGUUAUCGCAGAGGUGUACCCAGAGUAUAUGGUGAAAUAUGCGGAUAGACUAACUGGCCUCUAUGUUAAUGCAAUCAAAACUGAGAUGACGACCAAAGCUCGAAAAGCAGAGUUGACGGUGAUAGCAGGCUGCCUGGAGGGAUUGGCCUCAUGUCUAGUGAACUUCACCCAGUCUGCAGAGGAAGGCGCCAAACACGCGUAUGAAAUCUUCCGCUUCUCUCGGUCAGCCAUUGACCCAGAACUAGACGUGACUCGGUACAGCAUGCCAAAGGCGGGGCUAAAGCUGCUUGCCAGGCAUGCUUCCCAGUUCUGCCAGUACCUGAUUGAGGAUUAUGAGGGAAUGUAUGAAAAGUUCCACUUCUGGAGCCAUCAUCACAACAGGGAUAUGUCUCACCUGGGAAGCAUGGCCAUGGAGUCUUUCCUCUCACAGAUUUCAGAAAUGCUGACUCAGCGGGCUAAGGAAGGCACUAAGGAAGGAGCCAUAUUUAAGUUUUUCAUCAAAAAGUUCCGCACUGUGAUGGAUGACACAUCUGCAAGCUCCAAGCAGAUUUCUCUGGCCAUCAAAGGUUAUGGUUUGUUGGCAGCACCCUGCAAAUUGUUCCUCACCUCUGCUGAUGUACAGUACAUGUUCAGUGAGAUGAUUCAGAAGAGUGAACAACAGUUUAUCAGCAACACAGAUGGCCUAGAUGACAAACUGGUCAGCUUACCAAGUUACCUGGAUGCCUUAGCUAACAUAGUUAAGGAAGUGGAUGAGAUCUCCGAGACAUUUGUAAGUUCUCUGGAAAGGCUCUUGGUGCUGAUGAUAGAGAAUUACCCUAAUGUGCACCGCAAGAUACAGUUCCUCUGUAGUUUGUCAAUUCUCAGGGUUCUGCUGGCUGUUCAGCCUAAAGGAGCUACUUACAGUCAGCUCUUAGCAGGCACAGUGUACCAAGGAGUUAUUCGCAUGUGCUCCCACCCCGUGGCGCUGGACACUAGCCAGACUGACCAGCUGACCGGUGAAUUGCCUGAAGGAGACAGAGUGGUCAGACAGAUCUCUUACAAGGACUAUCUCAGCCUGUGGUCAGCCAUGUUGGAUUGCCCAAGUAGUAAGGAUUUGGCCAAGUCUGGAAUAGGGAUUGAGGAAAGGACCACGUUGGCUGAAGGCCUGCACGAUGAGCUGGUUAUGUCAGUGUUAAAGAUGCUCAAUAAACUGGACUUGUCCUCUUCUGCUCAGCAUGGCGAACAGCCAGAGGCAGGCUUGAGUGAAGAGUCUGGGAUGACCAGUGAAGCUGACCAGCCCACAGCUGAACUGACCACAGCUGACCCUCUCUCUGGUAUACAUGCCAACAAACCUAAAGACUUCCAGCUCUUUAUCAACCUUGUGGAAUUCUCCAGGGAUCUCUUUCCCGGAAAGCAUUACUCCUGUUUUAAGAAGUGGGUGUUCCCAUUUGGUUAUGCCAUUAUCCUGCAGUCAACCAAGCUUCCUUUGGUCAGUGGAUUUUAUAAAUUGCUAGCCAUGUGCAUGAAAAUAUCCACCAAACUGGAUCUGUUCAAGGGAUCCAGUGAGUCUGACAGUAGUACGAUGGAGGUAGAUCAGGAUCCUGCACAGACCAACACUCAGACCAAAACAUGCUUCUUGCUCUUCAGUAAAUUUGCCAAGGAGGUUUUGGUGCGCAUGAAGCAGUUCCGAGAUGAUUUACUGGCUGCUUGUUUGAGUUUCAUCCUGGCUUUACCUAAGGAAAUUGUCAUCACCCAGAUACUGGACAUCAUACCUGCAAUACAGACUGCCUUUACACUUGGCCUGAGCUACCUGCCCCUUGCCUCAUUGGGUUUGGAUGCUCUGGAGUACUGGUCCUAUCAGCUUCCCAGUCAUAUCCUAAAGCCCCAUUAUAAGGACAUUUUACCAUACCUGGACAGUUACCUGAAAACAGGUGAUCAAGGUGCAGAUUUGGUUGCUGAUAGUUCAGUUAUGACAGUCACAAAGAAGAAAGGUAAAGGAAAAAAGCUACCUGUCCGCUUGGUGCGUGAAACCCGAGAUGAGAGAGGUCAAAGUUCAGAGACUGGACUGAGUGUGGUCAAACAGCGAAUCGUGAGGUACCUGGGCAGCUUGGGGGGUGAGCUCAAUCACAACCUGCUGUUCCACACAGAGGAGAUCAUUGCCAGGAAAGCCCUAGCCUGGGAUACACAGUUACACCUCAAGUUCUCCAUGCCAUUCAUUGACAUGAAACCCUCCAUACACUUUGACCCAUUCCUGCCACUCAUUGUGGAGUUAGCCACAUCCUCCAGCGAUCGCCAGACAAAAGUAUUCGCUUGUGAACUCCUCCAUUCCCUUGUCCUCUACACCCUGGGCAGGGGAGCCCAGCGGCCAGGAGAGACAACCCAGAAGUUCCGGAUGGACAGGAUUUACCGCCGUCUCUUCCCUGUCAUCCUUCAGCUGGCAUGUGAUGUUGAAAGGGUUGCCCAGCAACUGUUUGAACCUUUGACCGUGCAGCUCAUCCAUUGGUUCACAAAUAACAAAAAGGCAGAGAGUGCAGAAACCAUGGCUCUUCUGGAUACCAUCUAUGAUGGAAUAGUGCAGGCAAAGGACACAGGACUGCGAGAUUUCAGCGCAAAAUGUCUGAAAGAGUUUCUUAAGUGGUCUAUCAAGCAAACAUCCAAAAAGCAACAAGAGAAAAGUCCCAUCAAUGCCAAGUCAGUGUUGAAACGGCUAUACAGUUUUGCCCUUCACCCCAGCGCCUUUAAGAGACUAGGUGCAGCCCUGGCAUUUAACAACAUCUACACCAUCUUCAGGGAAGAAGAGAGCCUUGUGGACCAGUUCACCUUUGACCUGUUGAAACAUUUUGUUGAGAGUCUGGCCAUUGCUCAUAAAGAUGACAAAUCCCUGGGUACACAGGAACAUUGCUCAAAGGCACUAGAACAUCUGGAGAGAAUUCUCAAAGCUAAAUCCAAGCUGUUGUCCACGAAAAGCAAGCACAGAAUUGAGCCCCAUGACUGGAGUCAGGUAACUUUGGACAUUGCUGUGCGUUGGCUGUUGCGUCAGUCCGGUCGCCCCCAGACAGAGUGUCGUCAUGCCUGCAUGAAGCUUGUGUAUCAACUAUGUGCACUGGUCUCAGGGGUAAAGACUCCAAAAGAAUACUUUUCUGCCUUCCUGAAAUCCAAAACUGGGGGACCAAAUUAUUUUCUGAACAGGUUUGAAGGAGGGGGUCAGACAGGGAGGAAUGCUGGCAUUGCCUGUUUUCCUCAGCUCACUGACAUGGCUGACACAUUCAGCCUGUCCACAGCCAUGGCGUGGUUUGAUCUGCUGCUGGCAGCGCUGGACUGUUACUGCUGGGUGUUAGGGGAGGGGUUGCUCACACCGGCUGACCUAUUCACUGGAAAGAAUAGCAAGGUGUUUGAGUCUGUGAGUCACUUUGUGGAGAAGGUAGCUCUGACGGACAUUUCUACUGUUGCCUCUAUGUUCCACAAUGCACCUCACUCUGAGUUCUUCACACCUCGUGAGGUGGAGGAUUACAACAGGUUGAAAUGCACAGUGCUCGUGCGAGUGUUGAAUUUCUUGACUCUACUGCUUGGGAAAUACCCAAAGGAUGCUGAGAAAGUAGUGCCUCCUGGUGUUUGGUCUGCUAAUUUAUGGGAAAUAACCACUGCCUUGACUGUUCAUCCAACAUCACUAGGCUUUAACCUUGGAGAUGUGGAGGUUAUGUUAGGCUUACCACAGGAGGUAGACAGUAUGCUGUCAGUUUUCUCCAAAUGUCUUCCCAGCUCUGUGAGGGCAGAGUUCACUGCUGGUUUGAAAAGAGCCCUGUCAGGACCAGAGAGUUUGAUCAAACAGAUACCGCUGGAUUUCUCCCAGUCAGAUUUAGACCACUUGACACUGGAGCAGACAAUAUCAGGCUACAAGAGGCUCCAUAGUGUGGGGCUUCUUAUCCCGGCUGUCAAACACCUGGACAGCCAGCAGAAGUUAGCACAGAAGCUUUUCAGUAAUGUCCUCAAGGGAAUAGUGACGGAAUCUGAGAAUUCCCAGCUGAGUGCUCUAACACUCAGUCCCAGUGCCCUCGCAGUUGCCAAAGGGUUGCUGGAACUAGCACUUAACCUUGGUCUACAAAAGAGUCUAUUGGUUGAAUCUCUGUUGGAUAAGACACCAGUAUCUGCAAGUAGCCGAGGCUGUAAGCAGUAUCUGGGGGAAUUGUUCUUUGCUGUCUUCAAACAAGAGAUUAGCAUAGAGGUGGCGAGGUCAUCUGAAGAUGUCAUCCCUCUACUGGCAAGACAUGCUAAGGACAAAGGGAGGAAAGUCUGUAGUAUCCUGGUUGCCUCCCUUGACUAUGUCAGUCGGGACAAGAAGAUGAGAAAAUGUGAAGGAGAAAGUCUUGUGAAGAUGUUGUUGUCAAACUGGAGCCGAUUUAGUAUCUGGUGGGACAAGUCUGCUACUGUGGAGCAGAUGGCCAUGUCACUCCUUCUCACCACCAAAGUCAUCCUCAUUGAUAGUAAGGCUGUAUCCAAACCUGACAGCACAGCAUUCCCAGAAGUAUUUGCGAUGUACCAGGCAAUGCUGACAGAUUCCAAGUUGGAAUUAUCUUUUAAGAACCAGGCCUUAGAUUUACUGCCAUUUUUCUGCGAUUUACCAGCUGCUGAAACUGAUACUUUAAAGGACUGCCUCAACCGGCUUGUGGCAGACCACUUUCCUCUCAAGAGUGCAGAGUUUACCAAAGGCACAGCCAAGUAUGCUGACUAUGCAGCUGCGCUGGAUAAGAUCUUGGCCGCACUAGAAAUGACAGGCAGUCUGAUGCUGCUAGAACUGGUGAUCAGCAUCCUGUGUAGGGAAUCCAAUCAUGUGUAUGAGGAGGAGAUACUGUCAGCCCUGUCCGGCUUCAUCAAGAGACUGCCUGCUGACAAACACAAGCUUGCAGUGGACAUCCCAUAUGCAAUCUUCUCUAAGGAGAGUGGGUUUUCUAAUGAGAUCCGCCGCAGGGCUGUAGAAAAUGUCACCUUACCCCUCCUUAGACAGGCACACAAAACUGCACUGAUCGAGUUCUUCUUAGACAACAUCAUCUGGCUGAUGGAAAUUAUACAAUGUAAAACAGUGAAGGGAUCUGAGUCUCAGCUGAUCAACAAGCUGUGCUGUUUUCAACUGUUAGAGCUUCUCUACUCGCGUCUGUCACGAGAAGAAGUCAACAGCAAGACUUCCUCCAUUAAUAACAAAUACUGUAAGGGAAAAGUGGAUUCUGGGAAGGAGAUGACCCAAGCUGUCACCAAGAUGGCUCAUUUAGCAAAGAGUGAAGAUAUGAGAGGGGAGAGCACUCUGCUUGAGUUGCGACGACAGUACCACUGUGCCGCGUACAAUGCCUUGAUUGCUGUCAUAUCCUGUACACAGACAGAGCAAAAGUUCUAUGUGGGAUUCCUGUUUUCUGAGAAUGAAGUCAAGGGCCAGUUCCUGUGGGAUAACCUGGUUGACAAAGAAAAAAACUACGAGUUUUCUGUGGAAUUAACGUCUCCUCUGGAGAGAAAGAAGAGGUUUGUGUCCAUCAGAACAGAGAGACAGGAAGAGGAAUCCGGAGGUGAUGCUGAUAGUUUGGACACAUCUGGUCACUCUCCGUCAUACCAUCUGGCGUCUCAGUACCUUGCAGACAGCAGUCUUAGUGAGGACCUCAACCAGUUUGACUUCACCAUGGCCACUGCACAACAGUCUGUGUCAGGCAGAGAGAGAAAUUUCAUUCGUUCACAACUGAGGAAGAAGAAGAGUGACUCCAGUAUGGAGGCUGAUAAGACAGAAGUGACAGUGCUGGAUGAUUACGUGGAGUUGGAGCAGGACGAGCUCAACCAGCAUGACUGUAUGGCUCCUCUGAUCGCAGUCCUCAAACAUAUGCAGAGGAACAGCAUCACUCCAGCUGUCAAGCAGGACGAGGUGCCAAACUCUAUGCCAACCUGGAUGAACAACCUCUAUCAGAAACUGUGUGACCCAACCUCUCAUCUCAAUGUGAAACUCUUCAUCACCAAGCUCAUCAUCAACACUGCAGAGGUUUUCCAACCAUAUGCUAAAUUCUGGUUGCGAGGACUGAUGCAGCUUAUUGUCAGUGGUCAUUUAGGGAUGAAGAUCAACUACAUGGUGGUGGACUUGGUGGUCACCAUGUUGUCAUGGCAUCAUAUGGCCAUUCCCGCUGACAGUGUGGAGGACAAGGCCCUUUGUUUGAGAGUGGUAGAAUUCCUUAUGUCUAAUGCAUUCCAUGAAAACAGAGCUGUCUUCAGGAACAACCUGGAGAUGUUGAGGACCUUAAUACAGUGCUGGAAACCCAGGGUGGAGAUACCUUACAGGGUGGUCUAUGAGCAAUUCAAACCUAUCCCAGGUGAGCCUAAAUCUAUGAGAGUGAGCACAGGGGUCCAGCUGAUGGGGGUGAUCCUAGCAGCUAAACUACCUCCCUAUGGGCCCACUGCUCCUGUGGACAGAGAGAAGUACUUGGUGACUCUGGCAGGCCUGAUGAACCAUCACUACAAGACAGUGUAUGCUGCAGCGUCAGAGGUGAUGGGAAUGGUGUUUAGACACCUGGCUGAGGUGGACAAGGAGACUGAGGGAGCGCUGCACACCUACGUGGGUAAUCUGCUGACCAGCCUGCAGUCCAGCCGUCAGGACAGCUUCAUUGUCUGCGCUCACGGCAUGCACAAACACUACCCCCAAGUGGCUGACAGGUUCAUCAACAGGUUACUGUUCAUCUUGCCAAGCCUGCAUGGAGAAUUCCGACCCCUUUGCCUGGAGAUCAUCCUAUCCCGGGUCGAUCAGGUUGAGAAUGUGUUCCUGGAGCUCAAACAGAAAGGAUUACACAAGUUGUUGGAGACCAGAGAUGAAGCCACUCAGCUGUUAGCUCUGAAGAUAGUGAAGGCCAUCAUGGAGAAGAUGCAACCACCAGAAUUGCUGUCUGUCAUGCCAUUGCUCUGUGCAUUUGUCAGUCAUAGCAGUGCCACCUGCAGGCUGACUAUGUAUGAAGUCCUCAUGUGGAUUUAUGACAACUACAGAGAGGAUGACACCCCAGAGAGUCACCAGAUCAUGGGUCAGACUAAGGAGUGCCUGUUGCGGGGACUGGCUGACGAGGAUGAGCACUGCAGACUUCAGCUACAGAAUUUCUGGACCAGUGAGACCCGGUUACCAGGUAACACACUGGACCGGCUGGUUGCUAUGCUAGAGGCAAUGUACACUCCUGCCACAGAGAGUCAGUACCUUGGUUACGCCACCAAUCUCCUCAUGGAGAUGACCUCUAAGAGCCCCGACUUCCACAGGGAGGUUUUUGAACACCCUCUAUCAGAAUGCAAGUUUGAGGAUAUGAGUAUACAGUCUUCCUGGAGACAGCGCCAUGCAGCCAUGACACCCCUGUUUGCGGAGACACAGGCAUCCCAGUCUCAUAGUAUGCAGUCUGCAACUGUCGGAGACACCAUUGAUGGGGUUAGGGCGACCUUGGAUGCUCAGCAGUUCACCCCAACACAGGAUAUGGGAGGGAACAGCAAGGCACCAUUCAACUGGCUAACUGGGAGCAGUCUAGAAACGUAUGCAGAAACCCCGUCCAUAUCAGCGUCAGACUCUGCUAGUUCUCUCAUGUUUAAGAUUGGCAGUAUGGAGAGCACCAAGUCUUCUGAUAGGAGAGGGAAGUUUGCCAAGGUCAAGGGUUCAAAUUUUGGUCAGGAAAGAAAGAAAAUAGUGAAGACAGCAGCUGGGAACUCAGAUGAGGCUAGCAAAGGAGAGAGUGAAAUCAUUCGUCUGAAGAGGCGGUUUAUGAAAGACAAUGAAGCCAAGAGAGUUUUCUUCAUGAAGCGUCAAACCAGACUGAACAAAAUGAGGGAGGAGGCCAAGAAAGAGCAGCUAGCUCGUCGGGAACAUCAAGUGACCAUGUACAGGAAGUAUAGGAUAGGAGAUCUACCUGACAUACAGAUCAAACACUCUGACCUGAUUGCUCCGCUGCAGGCUGUCGCUCAGAGGAACAGUGCGGUAGCAAAGCUGUUGUUCAGUUCACUGUUUAGAGCGAUAUUUGCUGAGAUGGAUACUGUAAAGACAGAUAGAGAGGUGACAGAGACAGUGGGACAGAUAAACCAUAGUUUGGAAACAAUGAUGACUUUAUCAACACAGUAUUACGCUCCAUUCAUCUCCUCUAUACUGGACAUAGCCCAUCACCUGCAGAAGAAGCUGUUUAUUGACCCAGGGUCUGUCGGGACCUGCACCAUCACCAGUCAUCUCCAGCCAUUAGGUAUUGUAGUGUUGGAGGGUCAGCUGUUAUCCCAGGAUAAUGAUGAACCCAGGAGUAAUAAGAGAGCAAAGCUGGCCAGUAGCAGUACGUCUGUGUCCCAGGAUGUCUCCAUGUGGCUUGAACUGGCCAGACUAUACAAAUCUGUGGAUGAGUAUGAUGUGUUACGGGGGAUAUUCAGUGGUAAAGUAAACACCAAGGAGGUGACACAUCGGGCCCUGGAGUCCGAGGCCAGGGGAGAUUAUGCUCAGGCUUACAAACUCUAUGACGGGGCACUUUCAGAAGAGAAGUGGCCAGACGGCAACCCUCUCCAGGCAGAAAUUGAUUUGUGGGACGACUGCCAGAUACAGUGUUGUGUGAAGCUGUCAGACUGGAGCAGACUGGAGCAGAUCACAGGAGCAGUGGACUCCAUUAGGGGAGAUAACCUGAGCAAGAUCUGGGAGGACACCUAUCAUCAGGAGCACUAUUUGCCAUACCUACUUCGCUCCAAACUGAAGCUAAUGUUACAAGGUGACAACCAACAAAGCCUUCUGUCAUUUGUUGACCAGGCCAUGAAGUCAGCAGAGCAGAAGGCAGUUCUGGAAAACAACCAUUGUGAAGAACUAGCCAUGAUGUACAUCUGGCAGAAUGACAUGGACAGAGCUCGGUACUACACACGCAGGGCCAGGAAUGCAUUCUUUCAGGACUGGAGCAGCACAGAUGACCUGAUGUCCACAAGUCGGAUAUCUAGGCUUCAGACUUUACAGCGCCUCACAGAACUUCAGGAGUUUCUCGACUUCAUGGCUGUAGAGAGUAACUUCACCUCCCCUCUUCCGGCAGCAUCUCUAAUCAGACGGUGGGAGCGCAGGUUGCCUGACCUAGUGCUGGACCCUGUGGAGAUCUGGGAUGAUGUCAUCACUAACAGAGGGGUCUUUAUGAAUCUGAUCAGCCAGAAGUUGAGCGGAUUAUCUGAUAGUGAGCUGAUGGAGACUGAGCAAGAUACCAGUCACUUCCUGGACACCAAGAUCCGACUCAAACUAGGCAUGGCCAGAGCUGCACGGGAACAGAACAACUUCAACUUGACUCUGAAGAUACUCAAACAGACUUACAAGUCCUGCAAGGCCAUGAAGGAUGAGCGAGGUAUUGUGGAAUGGAAUCAGCUGUACGCUCAAACACACCAGAAGAAAUGUGCCUGCAGUUUGGAGUGGACAGAUGAUACCAUUAACAAUUUACUGACCACCUUCAGUCAGCUUGAUAAGCACAACGGCAGCUCAGUGUUAUCUGCAUGUCCCAGUCUCUCCCAGAAACACGCUGUGUUACAAGGCCAGGGUUAUGAGCUGCUGGCAGAGACCUUCCUCGUCUCUGAUAUUCUCCAACAUGUCAGCAGAGACAUCAAGGACAAAAUGUUUGACCUUGUGAAAACUGGGAAAGGCAAAGAUGAGGAUUUAAUAGCUAGACUGGUGGAGCACGGACAUCAGCACUUGAAGUGUGCAGUCAGUCAGGAAAUGGAUCAAUCAGAUGCCAGAGAUUUGUCAGCUGACAAAAAAAGCAACACCCACAUCACCAUGGCAACCUUCUGUGAUAAAUUCCUGAGGAUAACUGAAGAUGAUGGUGAAGAUGUGAAGAUCGCCAGUGGUCUGUUGGACUCGUUCCCUGAGACGAUUGUCCUGUGUGUGCUGACAGCCAUGAAGCAGGGUUCAGCUGAGGCUAGACAAAGGUUCCCACGCCUCCUGCAGCUAGCAGAGUAUUACCCAGACACCAUCCCACUCAUCUGUAGCAAGAUUUCUGAGGUGCCUAGCUGGAUGUUCAUCUCCUGGAUCAGUCAGAUGAUGGCUCUGCUUGACAAAGCUGAGGCUCCCACUGUCCACACUGCCCUGUUGUCGCUGGCUAAAGAGUAUCCCCAGGCUGUUAUUUACCCCUACAAAAUCAGCCGGGAAGGAUUUGUUUUUGAGAACUCUGCUCUGGGCAAGAAGAAUAAAGCUGUGGUGGAAAAACUCGGAGCCCUAUUGGAUGACAGCAAUGUCCCAUUGGUAUCCAAAUGGAUCAGUGCCUUGGAGCAGUUCGGGCAGCCUAACAUGCUGUUCAAGGACUGGGUGAAUGAUAUCAGAAAGAGGCUGACAAAGGGGAAGAGAGAUAAAGAUGAGAUAAAGAGGCUGUACAUGGACAUGUUCAGGGAGUUGCUGAACCCCAGGGGCUCGAUGAAGGCGUCUGAGCAGGCCAGCAUAGAGUCUGACACAGCCAUAUCUGUUGUGGAAAUGGGUGACUACAGGCGCAAGUUUGCUCAGAAAUACAUGAAGGAUAUGGAAGCAUCAUUUGGAAAGGAUGGUUCUAAACUGGCAGAAAUGUCACUGAGUGAUUUCGCCAAGAAGGCCAAUUUUUUUGUUGCGGACAUGAACAAGGCAGCACAGAAACCCCUGGCACCCCCUGGCCAGCUGAAGGAGUACUGUCGCUGGAUGUCAGAGUUCAGUUACACCAGACUGGGAAGGGCUCUUGAGAUUCCAGGGCAGUAUCAUGGGAAGAAGAAACCAUUACCAGAAUAUCAUGUGAAGAUCGCUGGGUUUGAUCAAAGGGUUAAAGUGAUGUCAUCUCUUAGAAAGCCUAAGAGAGUGACAAUCCGUGGCAAUGAUGAGAAGGAAUACAACUUCCUGGUAAAGGGUGGGGAAGAUUUGCGGCAGGACCAGAGAAUUGAGCAGCUGUUUGGAAUCAUGAAUGAGGUGUUUGACAAAGAUGCUUCCUGCCGUCAUCGAAAGCUUCACCUGACCACCUACCAGGUCAUCCCCAUGACUCCCAGAGUUGGUUUGAUUGAAUGGUUGGACAACACAGUGCCUCUGAAGGAGUUCCUGUUUGAAGCAAUGACUGAGCAGGAAUUAAACUUCUAUAACUCAGGACAUGGACCUGCCAUGCAGCACAGGAAGUGGACAGAAGCUUUUGGUGGGCAAAGAUUGGACGAAAUGUAUGGCUAUGUGUACAAGAAAUACUCCCGUACUGAGACCAUCAAGGAGUUCCACAUGAAGGAAGGAAAAGUCCCGUGGGAUCUUCUCAGACGAGCUUUUCAGCAGAUGAGCACCUCCCCAGAGGCAUUCCACGUGCUGCGUUGUCGUUGUGCUGUCACUCAUGCCCUCAUCUCCAUCUCUCAGUACAUGCUGGGAAUUGGGGACAGACAUCUGUCCAACUUCAUGAUCAGUUUGACCACUGGACGAAUGAUUGGCAUUGAUUUUGGUCAUGCUUUUGGAUCAGCUACACAGUUCCUGCCCAUUCCCGAGUUGAUGCCAUUCCGGUUGACCCGGCAGCUUCGUAACUUGAUGUUACCUCUAGAGGAGAAAGGUUUACUGGAGAGCACCAUGACCCACGGGCUGAGGGCUCUGAGACAGGACUCGGACCUCUUGCUCAACACUAUGGAUGUCUUCAUCAAGGAGCCGUCUCUGGACUGGCAGCAAUUUGCUGAGAAACAGCAGAAGGAAGGCAUGGAAACUGAAGAUGCCAAUAUUGACUCUGCUUGGUAUCCGAGACAGAAGAUUCGCUUGGCCAAGCGGAAAUUCCAUGGUGAUAAUCCGGCAUUCAUUAUGAGAGAUGAACUGAGACUGGGACAUUCUAGAAACAAAGCUUUCUCUGCCUUUGAAAGUGUGUUGUUGGGGGACAAGCGUGAGAACGCCAGAGGGAAACUGCCUGCCACUGGACUGUCUGUAGAGCAACAGGUAGAGGCCCUGAUUGACCAUGCUACUGACCCUAAUAUCCUGGGGAGAACCUAUAGAGGAUGGGAACCUUGGGUGUAGGGAACAGUGAAGGGUUAGAUUAUCCUGGAGGAGAACCUACACAGGAUGGGAACCCUGGGUGUAGGAACAGUCAAGGGUUGUGGUAUCCUGGAUGAGAAUCUAUAUAGGAUGGGAACCUUGGAUGUAGGGAACAGUCAAGGGUUGUGGUAUCCUGGGUGAGUAUAUAUACAGGAUGGGAACCUUGGAUGUAGGGAACUGUCAAGGGUUGUGGUAUCCUGGGUGAGUAUAUAUACAGGAUGGGAACCUUGGAUGUAGGGAACUGUCAAGGGUUUUGGUAUCCUGGGUGAGAAUCUAUAUAGGACGGGAACCUUGGAUGUAGGGAACAGCCAAAGGUUAGGGUAUCCUGGAGGAGAACCUAAUGAGGAUGGAAUCCCAGGAUCAUGUAAGGAACAAUCCAUGACUCUGGUAUCCUGGUGAGAACCCACGCAGGAUUGGAACCUUGGAUGUACAUGUAAGGAACAGUCAAGGAUCGUAUUAUUCUGGGAGAAAAGUGCAGGAUGGGAACAUAAAGCGUAGGUAACCUUUAGGGAUUGUGAUAUCAUGUGAGAUAACCUACAUGUAAGCAGGAUG